ACAUUGGUGUUGCAAUUGGACCUGUAUUACGCAAGUCCAGAUUAUGUUAGUCCACGUCAGGAAAACGUUGUUGUUACCGAGCCCUCUGUUUUCCUUGUGCCACGAACGUCACAGAUAGUGGAGCUGGAAGAUUACGGUAUUGAGCGAUAUAUAUCCUAUCGCUCAAAUAUUACAAAACAAAAACAGAACGGCCGCGAUAUAAAAGGACAUUGCAUCGACGGUUCGGCACACAUUACAAAAAGUGGUUGUCACGACAUGAAGUAUCAAAUUGCUUUAGUAGUCUUCGGACUUGCUUGCUUGGCGCUUGCCAAUCCAACCGCCCGUGUUGAAGAAGAAAUCUACAACAACCUCGAUGAAUCCGAACUCAUCAACGUUUUGGUCAAAUUCCGUCGUGCCGACACCAAGUCAGCAUGGGAUCGUUUCUACGGUUUGAAACUGAAGACUCGUGAUGCUAUCUUGAACGCUCAGCACGCCAUCCUCAAGAACCAAGCCGAUGUUGUCCAAGCUGAUGUUGUAGCUGUUUUGGAGAAAACUCGUAUUGCUGGCAAGGCACAUCGUCUCGAUCAACUUUGGAUCUCAAAUGAACUCAUCGUUCGUGACGUCGACCGAGAAACCAUUGAAUUGUUGAGAAAUCACCCGGACGUUGAAGCCCUGAUCGCUGAAACUUUCAUCCCAUUGGAACAAGUCGAGGAAGGCGAAACCUAUGACAUCAGAGAAUUCAACAACACCAUCCAGAAUCAAUGGGGCGUCGUAAAUGUACAAGCUCCAGCUGCCUGGGCUCGAGGCAUCACCGGAACUGGUAUUACUGUUGGAGUAACUGAUACUGGUGCUCGCCAUACACAUCAAUUCCUCAGUGGAACAUACCGUGGUAACAACCCUGGAGAAACUCACAACUAUAACUGGCGUGCACCAAACAAUAACGCUGGAAUUCCAUCUGACACAAAUGGACACGGAACUCACUGCACUGGAUCUGCCUCUGGUACUGGAGGUAUCGGUGUUGCACCCGGAUCUCGUUGGAUAGGUUGUCGCGGAUGUGGAGCACUCCUCUGCUCAAACUUUGAUCUUCUAACGUGCGGCAAUUUCAUGGCCUGCCCGACCGACACAAACGGUGCUAAUGCCCAAUGUAACCGAGCUCCACAUGUCGUAAACAACAGUUGGGGUGGUGCUGGAGGUUCAACCUUUUACAAUGAAAUCCUUACCGCAUGGAGAAACGCUGGCAUUUCCGGUGUGUUUGCUAUAGGAAACUCUGGUACAAAUUGCAACACUGCUGGUUCACCAGGAGAUCAACCACUUGCUUUCGGUGUUGGAUCGACCGCAGAAGCAAACACACUUUCAACCUUCUCCAGUGUAGGACCUGGACCAAAUAACAGCGUGAAGCCCGAAGUUGCCGCUCCCGGAACCAGCGUUGUUUCUGCUUCCCAUUUGGCCGAUACUGGUCUACGAACAUUGUCUGGAACCAGUAUGGCAGCACCUCAUGUUGCUGGAGCUGUAGCUUUGGUGUUACAAGCCCGCGGUGGCACCGUUGUUGCUGCACAUGAACGUCUCACCAGUACAGCCCUCGCUCACGUAUCAGGUGGAAGAACUUGCGUUGGUCGACCAGAAGGUGCUAGACCUAACAACCACGUCGGAUAUGGACGCAUCAAUGUCAACGCUGCUGCAUAAGUCCAAUAUUUUACUUUCUCGUCGUUUUACGUAAAUUAAAUCUUUAUUGAA